AAAAAGACGGCGUUGCCAUGACAGCGCGUGCAGCUCUCGAGCAUUGCUAAUUGGAAGCUAAAGGUUCGACUCAACAAUGCCUCCCAAAAAGAAAAGCACAGGAAAGAAGCUGAAUAAGGGGAAGUCUCCUCAAGUUGUUGACACUCUGUCAGUGGAAGAAAUGUCCAAAGAUGAGCUGGAGCAGCACAUUAUUCGCCUGCAGGAGGAGCUGGACAGAGUACAGGAAGAGAAAUCGAACUUCAAGAUGGAGAGAGAUAAAAUCCAGACCAUUUGGGAGAUCUGCAAGAGAAACCAGGAGGAGAUCCAGGCAAAGCUGAGGAACACAAUCAGGGAGAAAGAGGAAGCAGAAGAACGACAUCGAGCAGAUAUCACUAAUUACAAGCUGAAGGUAAAAAAUGUCCUGAGGGAACACUGUGGCACCAUUGCCAAGCAGAAGACAGACGGCGUUGCCUCCAUCUCACUGAUUCAGAGGGAGAACGUCCAGUCAGAGGUUGAUCUACAGAAGGAAACACAUGAUCUGAAGGCAGACUUAAGAAAGAAGGAGUUCUCCAACGAUAACUCCAUCAAAGCACAGAAUCUGAAGCAUGAGCUGGAAUUAUCUCAACUAAGACACCAUUAUGACUCAAGAGCCAGAGAAAUUGAGGCCAAUUUUCGGAAAAAAAUCAACACGAUGAUACAAGAGGACAGCAUCAAGAAAGAAAAUGAGAUAAAAGACAUUGAGAGGAGAGUGGACAGACACAUUGCAGCUCUUAUAGAAGCUCAUGACAGAGCAUUCAGGGAUGCAGAUGAAGAGUUUCAUUCUUCUCAGAGAAUAAUGAGGAGAAAUUACUCUGAAAUGAAGGAAUUGGCAGAAGUGUUCACAUUGAGGUUGAGACGAGUGGACAAAGACAUGAAAGCUGCUUUACAGGAGAACAAGUGUCUGCGUGAGUUGCAGCAGCGAGCUGAGGAGCAACUGCCCGAGCUCCGCCAGCAGCUGGACCAGUACGGCCGGGUUAAAGCCCAGAUCGAGGUGGUCACAGCACAUACAAAGCUUAGAAAACAGGAAAACAAAGAUCUGACUGUGAAGUGUGAACUUCUGCGGGCAGCCUUCAAAAAGGCUCAGAAAGAACGAGACCAUCUUCUGAAGAUGCAUAACGAGGCCAUUGAGGAGGUCCAUGUGGAGAACUGCAUACAGCAGAUGCUGCUGGAACAGAAGAUGGAGGCGUUGACAGAGACCUUGGAGAUGAAGAAAGCGGAGCUCUACACCACGCUCUCCAACAGCGAGGAUCAGGCCGCCGCCAGCACAGCCACGAAAGCACUGGGGGAAAUGUUGGGGUCCACAGAUCAUAAGAUUGAGAUGCUGCAGGACAACUUGGUUUGAGAUUUUGAGGUUAGUUUCUUUGCAGUCUUCCUCAGAGCUUCCUGCUCAGUUCAUGCAGUGGUGUCAUGAUUAAAAUAAACCUGUGAUGUGCAGAAAUACAACAGGCAGCUGCAGACCUGUUAGAGCCAUGCACUAAAGUGCAUUGUGGGUAUGUAGCCCUGUGGAAUCUCAGGUUUCAGAGCGAGCCUGUCUGCUGCAGCACAGAUGUGUUGGAUCAGUCUCCUCCUGCUGAUGAUUUACACACAGAGGUCCAUAUUUAAUGUUGCUCACCGUGAGGAGCGUGAAGGCCGCCUCAUAUUUCUGCAAACGUUUAAUAUUGUUGUUGAUUUUAACAGUUUU